AUGAUCCUCGACGGCAAAACUUUCGUGAUCACCGGCGGUCUCGGUUCGAUCGGGGGAGCUACGGCAGCCCAGAUCGUCGCCAAGGGAGGAAACGCCAUCAUCUUCGAUAUCCUCCCCGAAGAAGCCGCCAAGGAGAAGAUCAAGUCUUUCGCCAACCCCGAACGGUACUUUUAUUCCAAGACGGAUAUCACAUCCCGUGAAGUCCUCGAAGCGUCCCUGCAGGAGAUGUUGAAGGUCAUCCCCAAAGGAUCGUUGUUUGGGGCUGUACAUUGUGCGGCUACGAACCCGAACGUACCUUGGACGAACAAGAUGUCGGACAAGUUGAAGGACUUUGAAACAGUCCUCAAAGUAAACGCCUACGGCACCUUCCUCGUCGACGCCCUCAUCGCCGACGCCAUCAACUCUCAAUACGCCCCCCUCGACGUCUUCCACGAACGGGUAAUCGAAGAACGAGGAUGUAUUGUUAACUUGGCGAGCGUGGUUGGGCAUACGCCUCCGGCUAGGUGUUUGACUUAUGGGCCUUCGAAGACCUGCGUCCUAGGAAUAACCGAAGCCGCAGCCGACUUCCUCGCCCCCUGUGGAAUCCGUGUCAACUCGCUCGCCCCCGCCCUAGUCAUCUCCCCCCUCAUGCAAUCCGGAGACCGGAUCCAAUAUUUCAAAGACGCCGUGGAGGGAUAUAGCAUGUUCCCCAGACGGUUCACUACGCCGGACGAGAUCGCCGCGGCUUGUCUGUUCUUGUUGGAGAAUUCUAUGAUGAACGCUUUCCAUCUCAAGGUAGAUGCCGGGUGGAGGCAAGUGACCAGCUGGGCGAACGGGGUCGAUCGACAGAUCAUCAACAGUCCAAGCCAUAGUAGCGACUUGUAUCAUCUUCGACCCAAUGCCGAGCUCUACCACGAGCCCAUCACCCGACCUUGA